AUGAUUACAGAGAGAAGUUCUCUGCAGCCUGCACUUGGGAACAAAUCCGCAAAGCUCGAGGAAAGGCUUGCUACGGGUGUGAGGAUGCGGUCCUGGGGUCAGGACCAGCCGUGCCUGUUCUGUGGGGAGCGAGACGAAGCUAGGGAUCAUCUGUUCUUUGCCUGUCCUUAUACUUACACACUUUGGUCGUCUAUGGCUAGAGGUCUUCUAGGGAACAAUGCUACGCCUGAUUGGUCUGAUACUCUGCAGUUUAUCAUGUCCCAUGUAAGCGGUACUAUGGACUCUAUUCUCUUGCGCCUCCUUUUUCAAACCGUGGUCUAUUACAUAUGGCGGGAACGGAACGCACGACGGCACCGAAGGAGUUGGGUCUCCGUGCACCAACUAGGCCGAACUGUGGACAAGGCAAUGAGAAACAGAAUUUCUUCACUGCAUUAUACGAUGCCUCAUAAGCUCGAAGGUCUACUUCGACGUUGGUUCGAGAAAGGACAAACACCAUGA